AUGGAGGGGACCCGGUCCUCACAGAAUGCAGAGUACGGUAUGGAGGGGACCCUGUCACAGAAUGCAAGGUACGGCCUGAGGAGAAUCGACUCGAAUCCCAAGGGGGCGAUUCCCUGUAUCGAGGUGGUUAGGGAGUAUCCGACCCCUGAAGCCACCCAGCUAUGGAGAAGCGAUGUGCAAGUGAUGACCCCGUGGCUUGCACUGAUUAUUUGGAACGGAACCUAUGACAUUGAUAUACUGAAUGAUCAGUUCAGACGGAGAGGCGUCCGAGUUGGGCUUACGGUCUUUGCAAUUAAAAAAUACACAAGUUUUGUCAAAACUUUCAUCGAAACAGCCGAAGAGUUCUUCAUGCUGGGACACAAUGUCACCUAUUACAUAUUCACAGAUCGAGUUGAGGACAUUGACCAAGCCAAUAUUGCACUCAAGGACGGCCGAAAAUUAAUUAUUCUUAAAGUUCAAAGCUACCAAAGAUGGCAGGAGGUCUCCAUGAGGCGGAUGGAGAUGAUUCGUGACUUUUCCCGUCAACGAUUCAUCAAUGAGGUGGACUACUUGGUUUGCGUGGACGUUGACAUGAAGUUCACCGAUGACGUUGGAGUUGAGAUCUUGAGCGAUUUAUUUGGAACGUUGCACCCUGGUCUUUAUGGAUCUCCUCGUAAUAAGUUUACCUACGAAAGAGAUCCUAAAUCUGAAGCCUAUAUUCCAUUGGACGAGGGGGACUUCUAUUACGCGGGGGGGUAUUUUGGAGGUAAAGUAGAAGAGGUUUAUAAAUUGUCCAAUUUCUGUCACAACGCAAUGAUGACAGACAAACAGAACAACAUCGAAGCUAUUUGGCACGACGAGAGCUAUUUAAACAAGUAUUUGCUCCAGUACAAGCCAACCAAGAUCCUUUCUCCCGAGUAUCUAUGGGACAAUAGUUUUGGCGUUCCAGAGUUCCUGAAAAGAAGAAGAUUUGUUGCUGUUCCAAAAAACCACGAUGAGAUCCGGAACAGAAGAUGAAUCCGGAAUCCCAAGACAACAUUUCAAUCCCACUCAAUGUGUUUAUUAUCUUAUUUAUAGAACUUUUCUGGAUUGACAGACUGCGACGUUCCAUGAGAACAAAAAAAAUGUACUGUAGCAAAACUUCAGACCUCAUAGUUACAUUAUAUAUAUCUUUUUUGU